CUUUGCUAGAGUGAGAAAAAAAAAAAAAAAAGUGAGAAACAAAGAAGUGUGUUUUUAUGUAAGAUAAACAACAAAAAUGGCACUAAAUAAUAGUAAUGGAUCUUGCAAUCCAUCAAUGGUAAAAAUCAUAAUUGCAUUUUUAGGAAUUUCUUUAAUAGGUUAUUUAGUGGGCCCACCUUUAUACUGGCAUCUUCUUGAAGGUUUAGCCGCCGUUCGCCGGACUUCAUCCGCCGUAUCUUGUCCACCGUGUAACUGUCAUUGUGAUUCCUCGCCUGCCCUCUCUUUUACUCCAGGACUUGGCAACAAUUCCCUUACAGAUUGUGCAAAUCAUACUUCUGAAGUGAAUGGAGACACAGAAAAAAACUUUGCAGUGCUACUUUCAGAGGAACUGAAACUCCGUGAAACUGAAGCUAAAGAAAGUCAGCGGCACGCUGACAUGGCACUACUCGAGGCCAAAAAACUGACAUCCCAAUAUCAAAAAGAGGCAGACAAAUGUAACUCGGGUAUGGAAACCUGUGAAGAAGCUCGCGAAAAAGCCGAAGCCGCUUUAGUGUCACAAAAAAAAGAAACUGCAAUGUGGGAAUCUAGGGCCCGCCAAAGAGGCUGGAAAGAAGUUGGUGUUACAACUCAUGUGCAAUCUCAGGGAGGCAUCGAGACCUUUUGAUAUGAUCAAGUUAAUUUAAACUGUCUGAAAUGUUGCACCUGCAUACAGAUGAUAUAUGCUCAAAGACAAGGUUUUUAACAUUAGUUUGAAACAAUUCAUCUAGUUCUAGUUUUUGGUAUCAUGUCACCACGGAAAAUUUGAGGGGUGCAAUUCGGGAGCUAGAGGUUAAAAAAAUUGCUUGCCAGGUUUUAGAAUGCUGGAUACAGAGGCUGAUUUGACUAGACAUGUUGAAAACAAAGAGAGCAGUUUUUCAUUCUCUUACUGUUCUGUUAUUUUUAUAAUUGUUAUUACAAAAGUUGUAAGCCUUCUAAUUGGCAUGAGUUUUUUCACUCUUUUUGCAAUCCUCACAGUUCAAGCCAUGGGAAGUAUCCAGGUGUUUACGUGUUUGUUGGCUCCUAGAUAGCGUGAUUGCUUUUGUAAUUGUAUUGUAAUUAUCUCUUGUACUUUUGGUUUCUAGUGCCUUGCUAGAUCCUUUUAUAUUUAUAUACUUUUAUAUUUAUAUA